UAUCUUCUAAGUUACUAAUAGUUAGUAAUAACUCAUUCAAAACUCCUGCCACCGCUGCUGAACUACCGACCGCCAUGAUUGCCGCUGGAGCUUGUUUCUCCCCCAUUUCUUUCUCCCCUAUCCUCCGCAAGCAGCUGUCUCAUGUCUUUAAACCGAAGUCCUGCAGUAUCAUGAGCAUAGCCCCCGCUUGUUUUGCCAUGUCAGUCAACUUUGUUCCAGCAAUGGAUGAGAAGCAUAGACAGAGCGGUUGGAAGGAGUAUUUGCAGCAAGCCAAAGAUUUGAUAGAAGCUGACGGUGGACCUCCGCGGUGGUUUUCACCGUUAGACUGCGGUUCACCACCGAACAAUUCUCUGCUGAUGCUGUUCUUACCAGGAAUUGAUGGCGUGGGAUUGGGACUUGUUUCACAUCAUCACAAACUCGGAAGGUUAUUUGAUUUGUGGUGCUUGCAUAUUCCAGUUGCGGAUCGAACACCAUUUACAGACCUUGUGAAAUUAGUUGAGACAACGGUUAGGUUAGAGCAUCAACGUUCACCAAAUAGGCCCAUAUAUCUUCUUGGAGAAUCUCUAGGAGGGUGUCUUGCGCUGGCUGUUGCCGCUCGUAACCCUAAUAUUGAUCUUGUACUAAUUUUGGCAAACCCAGCUACUUCUUUCGGAAGGUCUCAGGUGCAACUUCUAACAUCAUUGUUGGACGCUUUGCCAGCCACACACUUUCCUGCUCUGCCUAACAUUCUCAGUUUGAGUGCAGGAGACAUUCUGAGGAUGGUGUUCGAUAACGCUGUGAAAGGACUUCCACUACUAAAUGCAGCAAGAGAGCCACUAGGCGAUUUUAAUACUUUUGCAUCAUCUCUUCCUGUUCUUGCAGACAUUUUACCAAAAGAAACAUUUUUGUGGAAACUAAAGAUGCUCAAGUCUCCUUCAGCAUAUGCUGAUUCACGCCUAUAUGCUAUCAAAGCUCAGACUUUGAUACUUUGCAGUGGAAAGGACCAGUUACUACCUAGCCAACAGGAAGGUGAAAGACUACGUCACUUACUUCCUAACUGUGAACUCCGUAAAUUUGAUGACAGUGGCCAUUUCCUAUUCCUGGAAGGAAGCCUUGACCUAGUAACGAUAAUCAAGGGAACUUCAUACUACCGGCGUGGCAAGUAUCAUGACUAUGCUUCAGAUUUCAUACCGCCUACACGAGAUGAGGUCAAUAAAAUAAUAGAAUCAUACAGUUUGUUUAACUUCAUCACUAGCUCUGUAAUGCUUUCAACUUUGGAGGAUGGAAAGAUUGUAAAGGGCCUUGCUGGAAUUCCUUCAGAGGGGCCUGUUUUGUUAGUUGGGAAUCACAUGCUGCUAGCAUUGGACAAAGUUUCCUUGUUAACUCGAACUUAUACUGAACGAGACAUCAUUGUUCGAGGAAUGGCACAUCCCUUUAUGUUUAGGAGACUGAAAAGUGGAAGAUUGCCAAAAGUAUCUUUUUUUGACUGGUUAAGAGUUAUGGGUAUUGUUCCUGUAACAGCAGCUAACCUUUUCAAGCUUUUUUCUUCCAAGUCGCAUGUCCUAUUAUUUCCUGGAGGGUUUCGCGAGGCUUUUCAUAGGAAGGGUGAAGAAUACAAGUUAUUCUGGCCUGAACAAUCUGAGUUUGUCAGGAUGGCUGCCAGAUUUGGAGCCAAAAUUGUACCUUUUGGUUCUGUUGGAGAAGAUGAUCUUGGUCAGAUUGUGAUUGAUUAUGAUGACUUCAUGAAGAUUCCUUACCUUAGAUCUGUAAUAGAAAAUCUUAAAAAUGAGGCUGUGCAGUUGAGGGUUGGUGUUGGUAGUGAGGUGGAAAAUCAACAAGUGUAUCCACCUGGAAUUUUGCCUAAAGUUCCGGGCCGGUUCUACUUUUAUUUUGGAAAACCAAUUGAAACGGAAGGAAGGAAACAGGAACUUAAGGACAAGGACAAGUCUCAAGAAUUAUAUCUUGAGGUGAAAACUGAGGUAGAGAGAUGCAUUGCUUAUUUGAAGGAAAAACGGGAAAGUGACCCCUAUAGAAGUAUAUUGACUCGGUCAUUAUACCAAGCUACACACGCUCCUACUUCUGACAUUCCAACUUUUGAAAUUUGAUUGUUCUGCACAGAAAAUGGUAUGUCCUAUAGAAGGUUGGACCAUUCUGCAUAUCUUCCUAUAGUUUAAAUAAAUGAUUGGGAAACGAACGUAACUACUCAAGUUGCAUGUAAAUUUAUUCUAGGAUCAUGGCAUCUUGAACCAUGUACGAGGUAUCAAUCUAUCAUUCCCUACCAUAGUGAACUAUAUGUCUAUAGUCUAUACUCAUACACCAAAAGUGUCUGGAAUUCAUUCGAAGACUUUCUGUGGUUGGUUUUUAGUUUGGAUGAUUGUUUACAUUGAAAAGUCUGAUACUUUAAUGAAACCUAUAUGGACCUUUGAUCUUUGUUUAA